AGCAGUUGGGGGAUGGUGACGCCUUGUGAGUUAUCAGCGAGUGGAGCAAAAGCGUCAUGGCAAAGCUGAGCACAGACAAGCACCACCAUCACCAUCAUCACCAUCACAAGGACAGAUCCUCUUUCAAAGACGGCCAGAAGCACACGACGCCUCCAGUCUCGGACCCAACCCGAGUCUUCUACGAGUCGCUCUUGGAAGAGAAGCCUGACAGCCCCAUUGCCAUCAGGUACUGCGUCGAGCAUGGGACGCUCUCCGCGGAGCUCCAUGGCGAAAUGCUGAAGAAGUACUUCCAGCUGCGGAAGGUGGGCUCGAGUUCCGUGGCUGCCAAGCUGGAUUCAUGACCUGAGGCGUGAGCUGCAUGCUUCAAAGAAUCUGCCGUAAGGCUGGGCAAGUGCAUAGGCAGUUGGGCCGUAUGGUCUCCGGCCUUCGACAUGUGAGUGCGCACCGGUUACAACGAGUACUCGCCGAAAGCACGGAGAAAGUACUGGGCACAAGUUUAGAGCGCGCCGACUCGCGCAGUAACCAGGUAUGCGCCAAAAGAUUGUGUAACUUGGCAUCGAACGUGAGAGCGCGAUCCAAGCGCGCUGGGCUGUCAGGGUUGGCUUUCUAUUUGUGUGACGUUCCUGCAUGCUGC